GGACGCGGACCCGGACCCGGACUCGGACUCUGUCCUGCCGAGCUGGCCCACCGUUCCCGAACUCCCGCCCAAAAAGAAGCGGGGAGGGCAAGGGAGGCUCAGCUGGAGGCCAGAGCUGGCAGCUGAAGCUACUGGCCAGGAGGAAAGUGCGGGCUGCCUGGCGAAGGGGGAGUGCCUAGAAAGUUGGCGUCCUCCGCCGGCGGAGCCAUGAUCUGGGGGGGCAGCCUUGACCUCGCGCCUCGGAGCCUAGCAUGUCCCCCACUGCUAGCCCCUCUGCUGCUGCCGACGCUGAGGUCUCUGCUGCUGCUGCUACUGCUGCUGCUCGGGGUCCCGGCGCCGCUGGCAGGGCGCGCGGAGAAACUAGGUGAUGGAUGUGGGCACAUGGUGACUUACCAAGACAGUGGCACAUUGGCAUCUAAGAAUUAUCCAGGGACUUACCCCAAUCAUACCAUAUGUGAAAAGACCAUUACAGUCCCUCAGGGGAAAAGACUGAUUUUGAGACUUGCGGAUGUGAAUAUUGAAUCUCAGACAUGUGAAUCCAACUACUUGCGCUUCAUCAGUUCCUCAGCUCAAUAUGGUCCAUAUUGUGGAAGCAUGACUAUUCCCACAGAAUUCUACCUGGACACUAAUGAAGUGACUGUUCGCUUUGAGAGUGCAUCCCACAUUUCUGGGCGUGGGUUUUUGUUGUCCUAUGCCAGUAGUGAUCACCCAGAUUUAAUAACAUGCUUGGAUCGUGCUAACCGUUCUUCGAAGACUGAGUACAGCAAAUUCUGCCCAGCUGGAUGCAGAGACAUAGCAGGUGAUAUCUCUGGGAAUGUGGUAAACGGAUACAGAGAUACCUCUUUAUUAUGCAAAGCAGCAGUGCAUGCAGGAGUGAUUGCAGAUGAGCUGGGGGGCCAGAUCAGUGUGCUUCAAUCGGAAGGGAUCAGCCGAUAUGAAGGAAUCCUGGCCAAUGGCAUCUUCUCCAAGGGUGGUUCUCUGUCACAUAAGCGAUUUUUGUUUUCAUCCAAUGGUUGCAAUAAAUCCCUGACUUUGGAAACUGCCAGGCAAAUCACAGCUUCUUCCUCUUGGCAUUGGGUCAAUGAAAAUGGAGAAGAGAUUCAUUGGUCUCCUGGCCAGGCCCGGCUUCAGGACCAAGGACUAUCAUGGGCUUCAGGAGACACUAGCACCAACCACAAAUCUGGGGAGUGGCUGGAAAUAGAUUUGGGCGAGACAAAGAAAAUAACAGGGAUUAGGACUGCAGGAUCCACCCAAACAAAUUUCAACUUUUAUGUUAAGUCUUUUGUGAUGAAUUUCAAAAAUCUCAGCCCCAAGUGGAAGACCUACAAAGGAAUUGUGAACAAUGAAGAAAAGAUAUUUCAAGGUAACUCUAACUUUAGAGACCCAGUACGGAACAAUUUCAUCCCUCCCAUCAUUGCCAGAUAUGUGAGAAUUAUUCCAAAGACGUGGCACCAGAGAAUUGCUCUGAAAGUGGAACUGAUUGGUUGUCAGAUUACACAAGGUAAUAAUUCAUUUAUUUGGCACAAGCCAAGUCCAAGUACAGGUGUCUCAAUUGGGAAAGAAGAUAAAACUCUCACAAAGCCCAUUCCCUCGUCUGAAGAAGAAAGAGGUAUAAAAGUGAGGACUAUAAUCAUUCCAUUGGUGCUCUUUGUGGUUUUGCUUGUAGUUGGAAUGGGUAUUUUUGCUGCUGUGAAAAAAAGGAAGACAAAAGGAAAUCCUUAUGGAUCAGCUGAGGCACAGAAAACAGGAUGUUGGAAGCUGCUCAAACAGCCCUUUGUCAGACGUCAAUCAUCAGAGUUCACCAUCAGUUAUGAAAAUGAAAAGAUGACACAGAAAUUAGACCUGGUCACAAGUGACAUGGCAGAUUAUCAUCAACCUCUCAUGAUUGGAACUGGGACAGUGAUGAGGAAAGGUUCCACCUUCAGACCAAUGGACACAGAAGCUAAUGAGACAGGGAAGAACUCUGAACCAGAAAACCACUAUGCCUGUCCUCACCCAUCCAACCGCCAUGAGUAUGCACUGCCUUUGACAAAUCAGGAGCCUGAGUAUGCCACUCCGAUUAUAGAACGGCACUUAAUGAGAGAAAAAGCCUUUCCCGAAGGGGGCUAUAAUGUGCCUAUCAUUGCUCCAGCUCAUAAACAUUCCCUUUCCUCUGGCAGCUUCUCCAAUUCAGGUAGAAUGGAUGCCAAACUUGGAGACUACCAAUUGCCUCAAGGCCUUAAGCCAGGGGAGGGUGACUACGAUAAACCCAAAGGCAAAAGCUUCUUAACUACAGAAGACUGUGAUACCGACUAUCAGAAGCCUCAAAUGAGUCCGUUAAUGAAUGAUGGUUAUUCAGCCCCUAGAGACUGUCUCAAACCAAUAAACCAGACUGCAAUGACUGCCCUUUUAUAAGUCAAUGUGAAAGAAACUUGGUGUGGUACUGAGCAUUAUGCUGGUGGACAGUCACUGGAAAAAAUUAGGAUCUUCCUAAAGGAUUUUUUAUAUGUGUGUAUGUGUGUGUAUCUAUAUUUACCACUACAGUUAUUAUCUCUAGCUAUUUAUAUGUAUAUAGAUAGAUAUACUUAACUAUACAUAGAGAUUUAGCUAUAUCGAUAGAUGUGGAUAUCCUUAUGCCUCAUGUAUUGAUAUAGCUGAACACUACAUAUCUACAAAUACAUAUCAAUAGCUCUAGAUAUAUCUGUGUCAAUAAAGGUAGAUAUAAAUACAUCUUAUUAGUACACGUGUACACAUAUACCCACUGUAUGUAUGUGUGUCUAUUCAUACAUACACAUAUAGAUACUACAUCUGUACAUGCUAUAUAGGUGUGUACAUGUACAUGUAUAUAUGUAUAUUUUAAAUAUAUAGAUAUACAUGGGCUGUGUGCAUGUAUCCUAAUAGGAUCUCGCUGGGGAGGUACAAAGACAACCUCUUUUACUGUUUACACGAUAUUACAGUUGAUGUUGGUCUUGACCUUAGAGGUCUGUGGAUUUUCUUGUGGGCUGGCAGAUGUUGUCAGAUGAGUAGGUGGUAUUUUCCUUUCUGUAACUGUGAUCUUAAGCUUGGUGUAAUAUGUGCAAUCUGUACAGAGUUUUAUUUAACAUGAAUUAAAAUAACUUAAAUUUUCUUGAUCGGUUUUUAGAUCUGCACAGAGGUUAAGUGGGAAUGUGCAGCUAUUUAAAAAAAAACCUUAUAUAAUAGUUACAUUGACUUUUAAGAUAUAUUUUAUCUGAUAGAGUCUUAGCAGCAGGCCUGUUUAAACUUAAUCUUGUUAUUGUGGCUUAUUUCCUUUCUUUUGAUAGUAAAAAGUUAAAGCAUUUUUAAAUUUUUCUUCUCCUAGAAGACCUCAGAUUACUUGAAGUGUUAAAAGCACACCAACAAGGGUGAUGGUUUUUUGUUUUUUUUUUUUAGCAAUUAUGUGUUGUUUAUUUUAUUUUAAUUCAGUUUGUUCUCUUGCGAUCAUCAGCUGCCUGGAUUCCAUUUUCAAUAAGGAUGUGAAAUAGUUAUUUCUCGGAGCAGUUUCAGUUUUUGUGAAUUUCAGAAGACUUCAUACUGGUCCAGUAUGGUCCACUAAGAGAACAGUUUUCCUUCUCUCUGCUGAUCAUUUCAUCAUUUCUCACUUACUCCUCACUUGAACUUUGGGUAAUACCACAGAGCUUUCUUUCCAUGUGUGUCUACCCUUUUCAAAAUGUCUGUGAAGUCAAAAUGUGAAUUAAUAAAAAUGAAACACAAAAAAUCCUGUUCUUUGUACCAAUAGAAGGUGAAGGUAAUACAGCAAUUCCAGCUUGUGUUACUGGGUAUGAUUUCUGAUCUCAGCUUAGCUGACUUUGAGGUCAAAUUGCCGCGUCUGGUUCUGAGAACUGAUUUGAUGAAGCUCUGAGAAAAAGUGGUUUUAAUUUGUUUCUAUUUCAAAGUAUUCUACUGCAAGGGCGACAAAGAUAGUCCAAUUGUUUGUACCAAGAUGGUUGGAAAAGAGGCAUUUUUGACAAAAUACAUUUUUCUCUCUGGCACAUAUUCCUAAUUCUAGAUUAGGCCAGACUUGAGCUUUUAAAUUAUUUGAAGUGGUUUUUAUCUGAGCAGGCUUUAUGAAAUAAAACUGUGCAAUGUAGUUAUUUGUAAACACUGUAAGCAAGAGAGGAAGUAGAUCUUUCUCCAUCUGUGACCUUCCUGGGUAUAUUAGCUUAAAAUCUGGACCAAAAAACCUUAGUCCCUAAAUUCUGGAUGUAACUGUAGCUGUGUACAGUUCUUGAAAAUUUCUGUGAAACGUACAGAAAACACUGAGGGGUGCUGAAAUGUCACGUCAGCUUCUUUUCCCAAUACUGUGGGGCUAAGUUGUUGACAUUUUUGUUGUUUACGUGGUAGUACUGUAUACUAAUUUUAAUAAUUAAAUUUCCAAACCAAAGUUUA